CGCGGACCUCGCCGUUUGGGCCUUGGCCUUUUGCAGUCGGGCCUCAGAGAAGUUGGCGAGUACCAGCGCACUUUGAAAAGUUGGACGAUACCUGGUAUAUCUCAACUUAUGGGGGUAUCUUGCAAAUUAUCCCUAUUAAACCAAAAAAAAAAAAAAAAAGACACGAGGAGAAAAAUGAAAUCAUUCAUUUUUCUCAUUCCUCUUCCAACUCCCCCUCCACCGUGCCUCUCACGUACAAGGCUCGCCACGUUGAUGAAGUUGAGCGCGAGCUGCCCGCAUCCCCGUGUGCCCUAAUGGCCCACUUGUGUACUGUGAAAAAAUGCAGAGCAAAGGGCGAGGGGAUAAACACACACAAGAGAGCUGGAGAGAAGACAAAGCAUAAAAGGGCAAAGGGAAAGUAAGGAGUGUGGAAUGAAGAUGCAGGCAAAGGAGAGGAUAAGCAAAGGCUCAAACCAAGAGCUUAAACAUAGACAGGGAGUUAACAGAAACUCCACACAGCGCAAUGGCUUUCCUCACGACGGCAUACCAGCAUUUAACCAGUGCGACAAAAGCACAAUUUGCACAAGAUACCAUCACUGAGCAACAAGAAAUGAUAGCUGCAUGAUUGCCUGCUCUGCUCUGAUUGACAAGUAUGUUUCCCAUUCUGGCUGGGCGAUGGAGCAAGGAGGGAACACCUUGGUGGUUUCUCAGAACUUCCACAAAGACGGCGACGCCACGAGAAACAAAAAGGAUCCUGAAAAUUUCACACAGAUACAGAGACACAAACAAUGAACUUUCCUUGACAUCAUGCCUUAUUGCUUUCACACACAUUUGUCCACCAGCCCCCACCCGCUUCUUUUUAUUUCCGAGCAGAUGCAUUAGUGUGUGCCUCUGUCUAUGUGUGUGUGUGUGUAUGUGUGUGUGUGUGUGUGUGUGUGUGUGUGUGUGUGUGUGUGUGUGUGUGUGUGUGCAUGUGCAUUUAUGCAAGCGGUGCAUGCAGUGCGUGUGUGUGUGUGUGUGUGUAUGUCUGUGAACUGUGUACGAAUGCGUCUGCAUGUAUCCUGUGUGUGCUCCUGCGCUUGAAAGUGUAUGUCUCUCCUCGAUCAUGUGUGCUCACGUGUGCACUCAUGUGUGUAGUGCGUGUUCAUGCGUGCAUCUGUGCAUGUGCUCAGGUGUGUGUGUGUGUGUGUGUGUGUGUGUGUGUGUGUGUUUUCUACGCUUAUGCUUGUGUGUGUGUGUGUGCGUUCUAUGCGUAUGCUUUUGUGCGAGUCUGUGAACGUGCAUGUGUGCCUCAUGUAUGUGUCCAUGCAUAUGCUUGUGUGUGUGUGCAUGUGUGGGUAUGCAUGUGCUGGAUGUGGGAGUGCAAAUUUGCGCAUUUAUUAUUUUCAUUUCACUAUUAAGUUAAUUCCUUCCUUGUCAGUGGGAGCCACAAGAGAGGAGCAUCCUCGCCUUUUUGUCAUACGCUUUGGCAUGAUGAUAAACGCCAAAAUCUGCCAGCAGGGCCCUGCAAGCACCCAGACAGUUUCCUUGCUGCCAGCUGCAGUCCAAGGUGGUAAUGGGAGCAUGCUGUCGCCGAGCAGCCCCGUGUCACAAUGCACCCCUGUUGCAACAGCAGUCGCCUCUCAUGCUGUGCAAGCGCAGGGAGGUUUGAAACCCUCCUCAUCCAAACUCCUUGCUACGCGUCAUUUGUUUUCAGAGCAACAACCUCAGCGAAAGCGCCCAAGUCCUCCUCACCAAAUUGCUCAGCAAUGAGAUAGUAAACAUAGUGCGCAUCUCAUCUCUACGCAGCCGAGGCUCGGAGUAAAAUAGAAAACCUGAA